ACCAUACUAAAUACUCUAAAAAGAAAGGUGGUCUCAUUCAUUAAGGAUAAGCUGUUCUUGAGUCUUGAUAACCUACUGGAGGACUCAGCCUUACAGUAUAGUUAAAUAGAUUUGACCUGUGGCCUAUUGGGAGAGUUUUCCACUCAAACUUUUUAGAAACCACAGAGGAAGCUUUCACUGUUACACCAAGAGUGCAGAUUAUGCCAUGUUCAGCUCCUUUCUCUUGUACAUGCAUACCCCUUGCUAUCACUACUAGCUCUUUCUCAGUUACUUCCAGAGACAUGAACAUCUGUUUCACUUUCAUGUACUGUUUUUGUUUUCCUUUCAUAAGAAUUAUUUUAAACUUUUUUUUUUAGCUAUUGGCUCUCAGUUUCUUAAGUCAUAGCUAAUGAGUAAUUAUAUUAAAUCUUCAAUAUACUAGGCUAGUGCAGCUAAAUUGUUUUAUUUUUAUCCCUCCAAAUUCACUUCUAAAGAUUUUUAAAUAACACAGGAAGUGUACUUUUCUUAACAAGAUAAUUUACUCAUUAUAUAUCAAAUCGUAGGUAUAAUUUGGUGACUGUGUUUUGCACAUUUGUUUUCAUGUAAUAUGUUUUACACAUGUAUUUCCAUUUGUUUCAUGUAAGAAACAGUACUAAAUUAUUUUAUGACCAUAACUUGUGAAUAACGUGAUAUUGUUCUGUUAAAAAAUGACUGUUUUGAUAGCUUUUUAUGGUUUGCAAAAUUCUUUGAAGUAGAUUAUCUCAUUUAAUCCUCACAACAGUCUUGUAUGGUAGCUGGGGCAGGUUUUACGUGCCCCAUUUUACAUAUGAGGAAACUGAAGUUAAAAGAGAUUAAGAGACUAUCUAUCACUAGGCCAGCGAAUAAGAGACCAUUAUAAAUUCUGUGAUUUUACUUUUAUCCCACAAAGUUUUUCCCCUGCCAUAGUUAGAAGGUAGAGAAUAUGUAUUCACCUAGGAGGAAACUAGUUUCCAUCAGUAUUUUAAUGUGAUUCUGAGGGUUUAAAAAAAAAUCUCUUAAAUAUUAUAACUAAGGUUAUACAGUGAAGAUAUUAUGUUAUCUCCCCCACACACCCCCAUGCAUAAAUUCAAAGAGAAGCAAUUUUAGGAACAAUAUAAGAAGGUUGAGAGUUCUAUUUUAAGAUGUAAUAUUGCACCAACACCAACUAAAAAUUUAAAUGUAUAUAUUUUAUUCUUGAAAUGAAAGCUAACUUGAUAAGCAAAACCAGCAAUAAAGUUUGGAAUAGUAUGAUAAAACUUAUGGAGCUUAUGCUCAACUCUUCUAUAGAAGAUAGAAAGAUUAUGAGCAUUGAUUCUGUUUCCUGUAGCCCAGAAUGGUAAUUUCUGUUGUUGGGUCAUUCCAAUAAAUUAUUUUGGUCACAUAGCAGUAAUUACUUGCUUGCCUUUCUUGCUUCAUUUUCUGACCUGCUCUCCUUGUUCAUAAAACAUAAAUCUAGUAAUGAACUCCUUAAAAUAUACUUAAAAUUUGAAAAGUAAUAUAGGAAAAUAAAUGUAUAAAUAUGGAAAAUAAAAUUAUUCACUUAAGAGUGGAUUAAAAGUACCAAAUUAUUCCAUAUAUUUCUUAUUGAACCAAAGUGUGUAAUACCAAAGAAGCUCAUUAUGUUUUAUAACUCCUAAUUUUAACUGUACCUUCUAAGGAAGAGAGAAAGAUAUGGAUGAUAUAUGAAGACUUGAAAAAAGUAAUUACUUGAGUCAGGAAUGGAAGCUUGCUUUGGACACUUUGAGAUAGAUUAGUGCCCAAGAAUCACAGUGUCAAGGGUAGGAACAAAAAUCAUAAUGCAAACAGAUGACUACUGUUAGAGAGAUGUAUAAUAAUACUUUACUUUGUGUAGGAGCCUACAUCUGAGGAAUUUCAAGAGCAUUACACAAUAAUUCAUGGUUCCUUUCAAAAUGCUUGUGACACAAUUUGCAAGAAUUAUCCUCAUCUUAGGGGAUAAAUUUACGGAGAAAUGGCAGCACAAGUUGAGCAGGUUGUUGCCCUGGAUGCCCAAAAUAUUAUAGCUGUUUCAUGUGGAGAAGCUCAUACAUUAGCACUAAAUGACAAGGGCCAGGUGUAUGCUUGGGGUCUCGAUUCUGAUGGACAACUUGGCCUGCUAGGAUCAGAGGAAUGUAUCAGAGUACCCAGAAAUAUUAAAAGUUUGUCAGAUAUCCAGAUAGUACAGGUGGCUUGCGGUUACUAUCAUUCACUUGCACUUUCUAAAGCAAGUGAAGUCUUCUCUUGGGGACAGAAUAAAUAUGGCCAGUUGGGUUUAGGCAUUGACUGUAAAAAGCAAACCUCACCACAGCUGAUUAAGUCUUUGAUUGGAAUCCCUUUCAUGCAAGUUACGGCAGGAGGAGCCCAUAGUUUUGUGCUCACCCUUUCUGGAGCUAUCUUUGGAUGGGGACGCAACAAAUUUGGUCAACUAGGUCUUAAUGAUGAAAACGAUAGGUAUGUUCCUAAUUUACUAAAGUCACUAAGAACUCAGAAAAUAGUUUAUAUUUGUUGUGGAGAAGAUCAUACUGCUGCACUAACCAAGGAAGGUGGAGUGUUUACUUUUGGAGCUGGAGGGUAUGGUCAGUUGGGUCAUAACUCUACUAGUCAUGAAAUAAACCCAAGGAAAGUUUUUGAACUUAUGGGAAGCAUUGUCACUCAGAUUGCUUGCGGAAGGCAGCACACUUCUGCUUUUGUUCCUUCAUCAGGACGAAUUUAUUCCUUUGGACUUGGUGGUAACGGGCAGCUAGGAACUGGUUCAACAAGCAACAGGAAAAGUCCUUUCACUGUGAAAGGCAAUUGGUUCCCUUAUAAUGGGCAGUGUCCACCAGAUGUUGAUUCUGAAGAAUAUUUCUGUGUAAAAAGAAUUUUCUCAGGUGGAGAUCAAAGCUUUUCACAUUACUCUAAUCCCCAGAACUGUGGGCCACCAGAUGAUUUUAGAUGUCCUGAUCCUUCAAAGCAGAUCUGGACUGUGAACGAAGCUCUGAUUCAAAAAUGGCUGAGCUACCCCUCUGGAAGGUUUCCUGUGGAGAUAGCCAAUGAAAUAGAUGGGACAUUUUCUUCUUCUGGUUGUUUAAAUGGAAGUUUUUUAGCUGUUAGCAAUGAUGAUCACUAUAGAACAGGCACCAGAUUCUCAGGGGUUGAUAUGAAUGCUGCUAGGCUUUUAUUCCACAAACUUAUACAACCUGAUUCUCCUCAGAUAGCUCAGCAGGUGGCAGCUAGUUUGGAAAAGAAUCUGAUUCCUAAACUGACUAGCUCCUUACCUGAUGUUGAAGCAUUGAGGUUUUAUCUUACUCUACCAGAAUGUCCCCUGAUGAGUGAUUCCAACAAUUUUACAACAAUAGCAAUUCCCUUUGGUACAGCUCUUGUGAACCUAGAAAAGGCACCAUUGAAAGUACUUGAAAACUGGUGGUCAGUACUUGAACCUCCACUAUUCCUCAAGAUUGUAGAACUUUUUAAGGAAGUUGUGGUACAUCUUUUGAAACUCUACAAGAUUGGCAUUCCCCCUUCUGAAAGAAGAAUUUUCAACAGUUUUCUUCAUACUGCAUUAAAGGUUUUAGAAAUAUUACAUAGGGUAAAUGAGAAAACGGGGCAGAUUAUACAGUAUGAUAAAUUUUAUAUACAUGAAGUACAAGAAUUGAUAGACAUAAGGAAUGAUUAUAUCAACUGGGUUCAACAACAGGCCUAUGGAAUGUUGGCAGAUAUCCCUGUUACAAUCUGCACAUAUCCAUUUGUAUUUGAUGCCCAAGCAAAAACUACUCUGUUACAAACAGAUGCAGUCUUACAGAUGCAGAUGGCUAUUGACCAGGCCCACAGACAGAAUGUCUCCUCUCUUUUUCUCCCAGUGAUCGAAUCUGUGAAUCCCUGCCUAAUUCUAGUGGUACGUAGAGAAAAUAUUGUAGGAGAUGCAAUGGAAGUCCUUAGGAAAACAAAGAAUAUAGACUACAAAAAGCCGCUCAAGGUUAUAUUUGUUGGAGAAGAUGCUGUUGAUGCAGGAGGGGUACGCAAAGAAUUUUUCUUGCUCAUCAUGAGGGAAUUAUUGGAUCCUAAAUAUGGCAUGUUUAGGUAUUAUGAAGAUUCCAGACUCAUUUGGUUUUCUGAUAAGACAUUUGAAGACAGUGAUUUGUUCCAUUUGAUUGGUGUUAUCUGUGGACUAGCUAUUUAUAAUUUUACUAUUGUGGACCUCCACUUUCCUUUGGCUUUAUAUAAGAAACUACUGAAAAAGAAGCCAUCCCUGGAUGAUUUGAAAGAACUAAUGCCUGCUGUUGGGAGAAGCAUGCAACAAUUACUGGAUUAUCCAGAAGACGAUGUCGAGGAAACAUUUUGUCUUAAUUUUACGAUCACAGUUGAAAACUUUGGUGCAACAGAAGUGAAAGAGCUGGUUCUAAAUGGUGCAGACACAGCUGUUAACAAACAAAAUCGGCAGGAGUUUGUUGAUGCUUAUGUGGAUUACAUAUUCAAUAAAUCUGUGGCUUCCUUAUUUGAUGCUUUUCAUGCGGGCUUUCAUAAAGUCUGUGGAGGAAAAGUCCUUCAGCUCUUCCAGCCUAAUGAACUACAAGCAAUGGUUAUUGGAAAUACCAAUUAUGAUUGGAAGGAACUGGAAAAGAAUACAGAAUACAAAGGGGAGUAUUGGGCAGAACAUCCUACAAUAAAAAUAUUUUGGGAAGUAUUUCAUGAAUUGCCGUUGGAAAAGAAAAAGCAAUUUCUGCUAUUUCUGACAGGUAGUGAUCGGAUUCCUAUUCUUGGUAUGAAGAGUCUAAAACUAGUCAUCCAGUCAACAGGAGGUGGUGAGGAGUAUCUCCCAGUUUCCCAUACCUGUUUUAAUCUUCUGGAUCUUCCAAAAUAUACAGAAAAAGAAACUCUACGCUCUAAACUGAUCCAAGCUAUUGAUCACAAUGAAGGCUUCAGUUUAAUAUAAUUUUGGCAUUAUAACUAUUCCGUUUACUGCAAAAGCGUUAAACUGUGUUUUUCUUGUGGUAAUGAAUUCCACAAGGUGACAGAGGGAGUUACUAUUACAAUUCUUGCAAAAUGUUCAAUGCUAUUAGUAGUCAUGAAAGCCAAAACUAUUAAAGGAAAAGUACAAACUGUGUUAAUACUAAACUUAUUGUACAUAACCAUGGGUUUUUUUGCCAUCUUCCAAUAAACAUACAAGUAUUGUGAAUACAUUGAAGUUUUACUAACAUGAAUUUUAAGAGUUUGCAUAUUUCACAAAUGCUCUGGUGUGUGAGUGCAUGGAAAUGUUGCUUGACUUUUCUUCAAUCACUGGGUGAAAAACCUUUAACUUUGGCCUGCAAUAGUCAUUUGAUUAUUUUUUCAUUUUGUAAAUAAUGUUAAGUUUUGUAAUAAAAUAGUUAUGUUCUGAUACCA